GAAGAAAAAAAGGAAGCACCCUCCAGCAGUUCCACACACUCGCUUCUGGAACGGCUGAGAUUAUCAAUAAGCUCCUAGUCCAGACGCCAUGGGUCAUUUGACAGAGGAGGACAAGGCUACUAUCACAAGCCUGUGGGGCAAGGUGAAUGUGGAAGAUGCUGGAGGAGAAACCCUGGGAAGGCUCCUGGUUGUCUACCCAUGGACCCAGAGGUUCUUUGACAGCUUUGGCAACCUGUCCUCUGCCUCUGCCAUCAUGGGCAACCCCAAGGUCAAGGCACACGGCAAGAAGGUGCUGACUUCCUUGGGAGAUGCCAUAAAGAACCUGGAUGAUCUCAAGGGCACCUUUGCCCAGCUGAGUGAGCUGCACUGUGACAAGCUGCAUGUGGAUCCUGAGAACUUCAGGCUCCUGGGAAAUGUGCUGGUGACUGUUUUGGCAAUCCAUUUCGGCAAAGAAUUCACCCCUGAAGUGCAGGCUUCCUGGCAGAAGAUGGUGACUGGAGUGGCCAGUGCCCUGUCCUCCAGAUACCACUGAGCCCCCUGCCCAC